AUGGCUUCUGGCCUUGCACGACCACGAUCUAGCACAUCUGGCUCAACUGCGAGCAGCCGUCCCCAAUCAAUCUGUCCACGACCGCUCUCCCGCGCUUCAACGACAAGCAUUCCUAAAACCUGCGCACAACCUGCGCAGCAACAUCAGCAUCUGCCUGAAUCUUCUCAAGCACCUCAAGCUCAUUCAGCCCAUAGUACACUGUUACAAGAUUCUGCUGAAGACGCGGUCACACGUUCUGAGCAGCAAUUGACCAACCCAGACCUAAACCAGCAAUAUGCGAUCGAUCCGUCGCUGCAAGACCCUGCUGCUCGACCGCAGGCAAUGGGUGUAGAAGAUUCGUAUAAUGGAAACAGUGAUGCAAUGAGACAAUUGAUGAAUCACAAUCGUUCGUUGGAUAGUCAUGGGCAACAAUUUGUCAUGACAUUCACCAAUGAGCAGACCCAAAAUGAUGCAGGAGCUGGAGAAACGAGGAAAAAGAAAGGCUCGGCCUCGAGCAUUUCUAAUGACAACGAGCUCCGAAAGCUUUUCGCCGCAAACAAAGAUCGUGAUUUGAACGACGUUGCUGCUUCAGUACUUGCAAAUGAGAGAGGACCAAGAUCAGAGAAAACCAAACAGAUAUUUGCAAUGAAUUGGCUAAAUUCUAUAUGUAGAAGAGGCAACAGCUCAGUUACCCGUAAUCGAGUUUACUCUCAUUACGCAACGAGGUGCGGCAAUGAGAGAGUGUCUCCCCUAAACCCGGCCAGCUUUGGCAAGCUCGUCAAUUUCAUUUUCCCCGGCAUUCAAACUCGGCGACUCGGAAUACGUGGAAAAUCGAAGUACCAUUACGUUGAUCUCACCUUGAUAGAUGACCCCCCUGAAGGUCCCGGUGGUGAGCACUUCCAAAAUGAAGGAGAUAUUGUUGGAGCAACAGAUGGCUCGGUUACAAGAAGAUCCCAAUGCGGAGCUGACACUGCUAUCUUUCCUUCCCCUAACACCCAUUUCAUACCGGAUCCUUCACAUAACAGCAUGCGUAACCAAAAGGCCCCGGGCUGCCUGUAUCUCAAUCCUGCUUCGCCCAAAAUCUACCAUGGUCCCUCUGGUCGCAAUAUGGUCAGUCGAGAGCUCAAAUUCCCGACUCAACAAGAGCCUCCCUACGCACAUAACGAACCUAUUGAGCUGCCCAGUCUGCAACGCUACCUACCCACCGGAACUGACCCCGAUGCUGCAAACGCAUUAGUAGCUCUAUACCGCACUCACUGCAUAUCCGUCAUAGACACCUUUCGGUUUUGCAAGGAGAAAAUGUUCUGGCACCAUUUUUCUUCAUUUCAUGGGACGUUGACAGUCCCGGUCCAAAAGUUGCUCGCUCACCUAAACAUUGCUAGCUGGAUCAAAGAAUGCGACUGGCUUAUGUAUCAAAAAAUGAUACGGUUUGUAUCUCCUCUCGCUCUCCAAGUCAUGCCACCGAAAGUCACGGAAACCUUCCGAAACAUAUCCAGCAAACUGAGCACCCACAUCUCAACAACUUUCCAAAACCACCCGCAGCACGUCCGCGAUGCAAAACUUGGUCCUGCAACGAUUUUCGCCGGCCUGAUUGAUCGCCUUCUUCGUGUCAACGCUACAGCUCACGCAGCUGCAAACAUGCUUACAAAUGAUGCCAAUCGGGAUCAAAUGUGGCACGACUGGGUCUACUAUGUCAAGCCCGUAAGUGUUGUUGAGAGCAGCCUUCCGGGUCGGGGAUACACACGCACUCUGCAGAUCUUGACGAAUGAGGUCCGCGAGCUACUCGGACCUCUCAGGGACGCCUCUUAUCCGGGCAUGCAAUCAAUCUACGCCAACGCUGCGUCUAGCGCGGGCCUGAAAUAUUCGCAGCAAUCACACCAUGAGAUGGAUGACAGUUCGACAUCGGGUGUCCUAGACCGGUGGACCACAUUUCUGUACGACCUGUCGUCUCGCUUUCCUGGUAUCGAUGCUCGCCUCCUUCUUCAUUGUGUUGGCGAGGUUGGCUCGGCUGCAUUACGCGAUAUCACAAUGGCGCAGGCAUUGAGCUUCGGUUCGUGGUGGGUUACUAAAGUUUGGGUUGACGAGAUGCUCCAAUGGAUGGCCGAGAAAGGAGGCUUCUUGGAGCAUUCGCCAAGUAGCAUGGAGAUGAGACCGCAAAAGAGGUCUGCGUACGAGGCAGGCUUCGGCGUGGAUGAUAAUGAGACUGAAACUCGCGGAGGCUCGAGACCAAGGACUGGAGUCAGCGACAGCGUUGAUGUGCCUAGUCGCUAUGGAAGUGUUGACACGAGGAAUAACUUUCCCCGUGAACAUGGUCAGCUCGAUCCACAUCUGCAGCAUUUCAGAUAUAAUCAUCCUGCUUCCCCUGCCACAAUGGACGGAUCUGCGCAAGAACACUUCGACGAACCAUUACCCCAGCAUAUCACCAAAGAAACAGAUUUCGAGCUCGUGCAGAGUCACGAUGACAGUGGCAUCGGUAUGGACGUGGUGGAGCUCCCACAGCACAAUAAUUCUAGAGGUAUGCCAGAUUAUGGAGGUUUCAUAGCCUCUGGGGUGAAUGGAGCGUCUGAUCCUGCGGAUGUGGUUGUCUGCUGA